AUGACUAUCGAAACUGCAAUCUUAUCUGCCAGCACAGAAAAAACCAAUAUUGACACACUCUCUCGUGAGAUGGAGACCACUGCCGACACUGACAGUGUAAUGGAUCAUGAGAACUCCAUUGAAGAUAAUGUCUUCGGAGGCUACGACCAUAUCACGUUCUAUGUGAACUCUGCAGACAUCACGGCAGAAUAUUUUAUCCACGUUUAUGGCUUCACCCCUUACUGUCACAAAGGCCUCGAAACUGGAUCUCGCAUUACCAAUGCCCGUGUCGUCCGCAAUGGAGCUGUCAUUAUUCAAUUUGUGAGCUGUCUCAGACCACCAGAGUCAAAGGGUCUUUCCGAAGACGACAUGAAGCUCAUCCGGGAAAUCCAUCACCACACUACUACACACGGAGACGCAGUUAAAGAUGUUGCGUUCCAGGUCCGUAAUGUGGAACAAGUCCACAAGAGAGCCUUGGAAGGUGGUGCCACGUCAGUGCUGGAGCCCACAACUUACGAGGACGAGCAUGGUUUGAUCACUAUUUCUCGGGUUGGCGUGAUUGGUGAUACAACGCAUACGCUAGUUGACCGGACUUCAUACUCUGGUUUUCUCCCUGGAGGCUACCAGCUUGACCAACUGGAGAACAACCGCCCGACAGAGGUGAAGUUUGACGUAAUUGAUCACUGUGUGCAGAAUCUCGGUUGGAACAAGAUGGUCAAGAGCUGUGAAAUGUACAAAAAGAUCUUCGGCUUCCACAAGUUCUGGUCUGUGGAUGACAAGCAAGUCUAUACGGCUUUCUCUGCCCUCAAAUCCACAGUUAUGGCGUCACCUUCCGAGAAGAUUAAAAUGCCUGUCAACGAGCCAGCCAAGGGCCUUAAAAAGUCGCAAAUUGAGGAGUUUCUGGAAUUUUAUGGUGGUCCUGGUAUUCAACACGUUGCGCUGAAGGUUGAUGAUAUUUUGAGCACUGUCGAGGCCCUCAGAGCACGAGGUGUGGAAUUUAUUAGUGUUCCUGAACGGUACUACCAAAACCUGGAGAAAAGAUUGAAGGAAAGCAAACACCCAGAGUUCAAGGAAAGCAUGGAUAAGAUCAGGCAACUUGGCAUCUUGGUCGACUUUGACGAAGAUGGAUACCUCUUACAGCUUUUCACGCGGUCAGUGUUUGAUCGUCCCACGUUUUUCUUCGAAGUCAUCCAAAGACAUAACCACAACGGGUUCGGGGCUGGCAACUUCAAGGGACUCUUUGAAGUGCUAGAGGAAGACCAAAAGAGAAGAGGUAACUUGGUGGAUCAAAACGAGGAAGUUGAUCCUUACGACGCUGAGGACGACUAA